CCGGCAGCUUCUUAGCAACGGACAUUUUGUGGGUUGCUACGAGAAUCUACGGCAGUCAGGGGUCCUGAAUACUUGGUCAAGCUGCAGGUACAGGAAUCGGGAAGGCACAUUUCAAGGUGUCCCUACUGCACAGAGAGGAGUUGGCAGCUCGGCUGUGGGGACUCCUGCCGGUGACCCCGCGGUGGGGGCAGGACUUGGGUUGGUGGUGGCCGCACCCAAGACCUAGACGCCCACUUCUGCCUUGCUCUGCUCACAAGCCCCGAUGGCGGCGGCAUUGCUGAGGGACCUGGCACAGAUAGGCAGCCUUGACCACCUCCCCCUACCUGAGGACAUGAGAACCCAGGUCCCUUGGGAUGAAGACUGUGUCCAGCACUGAUCAUGCAUCUGGCACUGUUUUAAGUGCUUUGUACAUAACCUCACUAAGACGUAGGUACUAUUUUUUUCUGCCAUUUUAAUGAAUGGACAUUUAUGUUUGAGGAACAUGUAAAUGACUUCAAAAAGGCCUGUGAGGGAAGUCUUAUCUUCACUUUUCGUUUCACAUAAUGGAGGGUAAGACUGCUUUCCUAGAGUCCAAAAUUCGGAGGGAUGAUGCUGCGAUUAAAGUUCAUGACCUUCCAAAGUAGCCAGGGCCAGUGCGUCAUCCAGGACCUGGGGCACCUGAUGGAGACCGAGGACACAGAAUGAGGUACAGCGAGGGGGCUUGGGAGUGACUGGCAUGUUCAGCACACAGUGGGCACUCAGUAAAUGAUUAUUUGCCUUCCACCCUCUGACCACCUAGGUUUCCGUUCUGCCACAGGCACAGUGUUGACUACAAUACCCAGAAGGCUCUGCACCACGUGGUGGCACCCCUCGGCUAAUGAUGGCCCAGGAUUAGGUUUAGGAGGCAUGAUCUGGGGUUCCCUGGGGGAAUUGGCUGCCAGGAGAGGAGGUGGGCCUCUGUGUGCCAGGCUCAGCUUAAAUGGCAUGUGUCUGCCAGCCUGCUUGUUAGCCAUGGAAUGACGUGGCAGUCACAAGGUGGGUGGGGGGAUAAACGGGAGAGAAUGAGGACCCCUGGUGCCAGUGCCUGGUGUCCUCUGUGCUUUUGGGACCUGGGGCAGUGGUGAUCAAGGUGGUGUAGACAGGCUGAGCGGGGCACUCAGUCAAGAGGCUUCCUGGACCUUGCUGGCUGUGUCACUGCAGGGCUGUGUGGCCUCUGAGGAUGUGUUUGUGUACUUCUCCCGGGAAGAGUGGAGGCUCCUGGAUGAGGCUCAGAGGCUCCUGUACCAGGGUGUGAUGCUGGAGAACUUGGCGCUUUUAGCCUCACUGGGAAUUGCGUCCUCCAGGUCCCACUUAGUCAUGCAGCUGGUGCAAGGGGAGGAGCCCUGGAUGCCUGACCAAGUGGAUCUGAGUCCAGCAGCAGCAGGAGAGGCUCAGAAGGGAUCUGGGCCUGGCUGUUGGUGUGGAGUGGACAGUAAAGAUACAUCCUCCGAGCAGAGUGUUUCCUCGGAAGGAGUGUCGCAGGUCAGGACUCCUCUGGCAGGCAUGAACACCCACCCACAUGACAUGUCUGGCCCAGUAUUGAAAGACAGGUCACUCCUGACCGAUUACCAGAGGGGAGGAGCCAGGCAUCAGCCACUCACCUGCCAGGCAUGUGGGAAGCAGUUCUGGCCCAGUGCAAACUGUCCUCAGCACCAGGAGCAGCGGAGUGCAGAGAGGCCCUUCAGGAAGGAUGAGGGCAGGGACUCCCUGAAAAGCUGCAGAACCUACGUGCCAGAGAUCUGCACAUACGGUGCAGGUGGAGUGGGCUUCCCAGCCACCUCUGGCCUUCCUCAGCACCGGGUUCCCCCUAUUAAGAUGAAACCCCACAAGAGUACUGAGCUCCAGGGAGCCCUUCACACUGGACAGGGGUGUCACAAGUGCAGUGAGUGUGGGAAGGUGUUCACCCGCAGAGACACACUUACUCGGCACCAGAGAGUCCACACUGGAGAAAGACCUUAUGAGUGCAGCACAUGUGGCAAGUUAUUUAGCCAAAGCUGUGACCUUUUUAAACAUGAGACAAUACACACUGGCGAAAGGCCUUACAAGUGCAGCGAUUGUGGGAAAUUCUUUAGACAAGUCUCUGGCCUUAUUGAACACAGGAGAGUUCACACGGGUGAAAGGCUCUAUCAGUGCAGUAACUGUGGAAAAUUCUUUAGUAGUAAGUCUAACCUCAUUAGACACCAGGAAGUCCACACAGGAGCAAGGCCUUAUGUGUGCAGUGAAUGUGGGAAGGAGUUCAACCGCAAACACACACUUGUUCUGCACCAGAGAACUCACACUGGAGAAAAGCCUUAUGAGUGCAGCGAAUGUGGGAAAGCCUUCAGCCAAAGCUCCCACCUUAAUGUCCAUUGGAGAAUUCACAGCAAUGAUUAUGAGUGCAGCAAAUGUGGGAAAGCAUUUAGCUGCAUCUCCAAACUCAUUCAGCACCAGAAAGUCCACUCUGGAGAAAACCCUUACGAGUGCAGCAAAUGUGGGAAAGCCUUUACUCAAAGGCCAAACCUUGUUCGGCACUGGAAGAUUCAUACUGGAGAACGACCUUAUGCGUGCAGCGAAUGUGGGAAAGAGUUUAACCGCAAACACACACUUAUUCUCCAUCAGAAGAUUCACACUGGCAAAAAAUCUUAAGGCUACAGCAAAUUUGGAAAGCCCUUUAGCCGACACUCCCUACUUAUGGCAUGGUGGAGAAUUCCUAGCAGUAUUAUGAGUGCCCAGAUGUAAGAAAGCUUUUACCCAAAGACCAAAUCUUACUCAGCACUGGGAAGUCUGCAUUGGGCAGAGGUCUUAGCAGUACAAGGGAUGUGCUGUCCCGUUGUGCAGCCUAAGAGCGCUCGCCGAGGUGAUGCUCUGUGAGCAGGCACUAUGAGGGAGCCGUCACAGAGGAGUAGAACCCCAUACCCGUGAGUACCCACCCCUGGGAGAUUCCCUACGAGUACACAGACGUGAGGUCCUUCCAGGAGCCGUCUUGCACAUCCUAGACCACGUGCUUCUGCUGGUGGUGGAAUCCAUCCCACUGCUACCAUCUGGCAAAGUCUCACGGUGUGUGGCAGUCGUUCCAGCACACAUGGCAGGCUGAACUCUGCUGUCGGUUCAGUCCCUGGCAGUGGCCCAUGGGUGUCCUCAUGUCUUCCCUUUUGAGUGGUUUGUGCAUGGAAAGAAUCAGCGCUCAAGGUGGGUUCUCAAGCUUGCCCAGGUUUGCCUUCAUGGACUCUGGUCUCAUGUGAUGCUUGCGGUGGAAGUAUAGUCUCCACCAUACCCAGCCCUUGAACUGCGUGCCUCACUGCUCAUGUUUGUGCGAUAAUAAAGUCCUUAUUCUCUGAGCUGCUUUUAAUCUUGAAGGUUCUGAUCAUGAGGAGUGUUUUGAGGACACAGUUGUGUUCUACCAGCCUGAAAGGAUAAACGUAUUUUGUGGGAAUGCCCAGAUAUUUAUGUCACAGAGAGGACAGUAUGAUGGCAGAGAGUGGUUCUCACUCUGGUUUUGGCUGAAUUUGCAUCAUUACCUGAGGCCAAGCAACAUUGUAGAGCUUUGUGAAACGUUUCCUGUGACCUAGAUGCUAAUUUUAUUUGUGGGUCCAUAAGUAACUGAGGAGGGGCAGGCGUCACAACCUCCAGUGCCUCUGGGAGUGGCGUGAGCCUGCCGCCUUCUUCCAUGGAAUGUUCCGCAUUCCCAAGCACUAUUAAGAGGAAGCUGGCCUCUGUUCACUAGGCGGAUAUCACUGGCUGGAAGGCCUUCAGGAGCUAAACGGGAAAUGAAUUGAUACAGAAGCACUAUGUGUGAUUGAUACGGAGUUGGGGAGAUGACAAACUAGAGGGAGGUGCUCCCUGAAAGGUAGCUGCGUAGAUAUCCCCACGCUGCUGUUGCACAGGAUCAGAGGGCAAAGAAAUCUAUGGAUUCAGAGCUACAUCUCUCCUAUGGCAAAGGCCACCUGAAGGAUAAAGAUGCUGGAUUUGUGGAUUCCCUUAGACUCGGGAUGGUCCAGGUCAAGGCUGUUGCUGUACAGGCAGGAAAACAGGGGGUCAGAGAAGGGAGAGCCAGGAUUGCAGGGGUAUGUCUUUCAUGAUUUAUCCAGUGUUCUUGGUGAUUCAUGCAGAAAUGGUUUUCACUGGGCAUCAAUUUUUGCUGCCACUGAGGCAGGGCCACAUCUCCCAAGGCAUGAAGAGAGAGAUGGUGCAGUAAACAGUAGCGUUGACUAGGACUUAAUUUGUCCUUUUCCUGUUUUCUUAAGGUGAACUGUGUUAUUAAUUUGAAAAGUACCUUCUAAUGUAGUCAUUUAUUAUUUAAGUUUCCCUAUAAUCUAUAUUAGCAAUAUCUCACAAAUGUUGAUAUAAUGUACAUUGGUUUCAAAUUGGGCUGAAAAAAUUCUAGCUUUUUCUCAGGGACUUCUGGAUAAAUGGCUUUUACACAUUAUUAAGAUCAGGGCAUUGGGAUUUAUUAUGUGUUGUUUAAAAUUCAAAAAUCCCAUGAUAACACCUAGGGCCAUUUUGGUUUCCAGUUAGCAUAAUAGUUAGUGGUCUGGCUUGAUGGUUACCGGAAGGGCAUAAAAAUCCCUGCUGGUGAUUCCCAGUAAAGAAAACUAAUCAGCCCACCGUACAUCAGGCAUCUUAACUCUUAGAUAAGUCAGCAAUGGCCAGAAGUAGGGUCAAAGGUGUGGUCUCUGGAGAAUCUGUGGCCAGAAAUUAACUCUUUUUAUUGAGGCACUUAUGUACCAGGCAAUACUUUUUUCAAUGAUAAAUAUGCACAAUGUAUAUGUAUAUCAAAACAUUAAGUUGUAAAGCUUAAACACAUAUAAUUUUGUCAAUAAAGCCAGAAAAAAAAAAGAGAAAUACAAAAUAUUUUGAAUAGCUGAAGGAGAGCAUGGAUUAUACUUAAGAACAAGGCUUUUAAUAUAAUGAACAUUAUAUUGAACAUUAUAAUAAACAUUUUUUAUUUCACAUGUGA